UUUUGAAGAGGCCCAUCAAUUCAGUGAAAUCAGAAAAACGCAGCCGCAACUAUAAUCAGAAACACUUUUCGCACUGAACUCAACUCGCCGGAAAUCGCUGCCGGAGAAUUUCAUCGGCCACCAGAAACAGUGAUAAAAUCGUCCAGGGUUUGUUGGGAUUGGAAGAGCUGAGAAGAUGAAGCAAGUGGUGGGAAUGGUAGUUUCUAAUAAGAUGCAGAAAUCGGUUGUCGUGGCAGUGGAUAGAUUAUUCCACCACAAAGUGUUCAACCGAUAUGUUAAGCGCACUUCGAAGUUUAUGGCUCAUGAUGAAAACAAUCUUUGUAACAUUGGUGAUCGAGUUCGAUUGGAUUCUUCUAGGCCUUUGAGCAAGCGUAAACAUUGGGUGGUUGCUGAAAUUCUCAAGAAAGCACGCAUAUAUGUUCCUCCCUCUGCACCGGUGUCUGAGAAUGUGAGCUCGAGCUCUGUAGGACCUACACCUACAUCAUGAAUUGGCUCAAGGAGCAAUUUUAAUGUGGCAUGUUCCAAGGUUGAUUAGCUUGUUUGUGAUCGGUUAGAAUCAGUCUUUUAGACGUCAAGAUGAUAUAUGGUGUGAUCUUUAAUGCCAUAUGUGCAAAUGAAUUAUAGUGUAGGAUGAUCACUAAAAGGUUUUGUAUGUCUGCAGAUUUCUGAUUUUGAUAAUAAUUGAUAAGAUAUUUACAUGUGUUA